AUGGACCCAUUGGAAGCCCUUCACGCAUUCUAUCUGAUCACCACCAUCAACUCCAAACGCCGCACCGCGUUAAGGGAAAGCAAGCCUUUCGAUACUCAGUGCACUAUCCGCCACAAACCCUGCACAAAGAAUUUCCCGGCAUGUGGACCAAGUGGCGUGGGCAAUUUGGCCGAUAUCCCAUACGACCCACAACAGAUUGAUACGAAUAUUGCGGCAUUUCAUUUUGGAUCAUUUGCAUCCCAGAGACGGCGUCUAGCCUUUACCAUGGAACAGUCGACUCAUACCUUUGCAACAGAGCAACAGAUUAGACAUUUUACCCACACUUCCACAAAGGAAGGUGUUUAUUCUGCCCCACAGCCUAUGGACCUCACCGAAGUUGCGCACUUGAUCUUCGCCAUUGUCAAUGACCCUCAUUCUGAAUUUCUCAAUGAUUGUCUCAUUUAUGAGCCAAUCGACAUGCUCUCCAACCCUGGCUCCCGAGAUAUUGGCAUCACCCAGGCUAUCUCCAUUGGAGAUACGGUGGCAGGCCUAUUCGAAGACGCAAGAGAGCAGCUUGAGAAGCAGAAUGCACAGACUAAAAGGUUUGUGGAAGGCGAAGUGGGUCCACCUAUUUAUGGAGAAGAGGAUGAAUCCGGCAACAAGGUGAGAUGA